CUCGUAGGUUUCCUAGUCUUGAAAAUGGCGAAAUCUUUACCACUCUGCCAUUACAUUGAUAUAGCAGCACUGCGGAUUAUUCAGAGUAGACAGACCAUUUCAUUUCUUGCUUUCAAUACUUUCAGUUUUAUGACAUUUUUAAAAGAAGUAGACGUUGAUUCUUAUUUCUUGUGUCACCUGAGGAAAUGAUUACCUAUUAAGUUUAUUUUCCUUGCUAAAACUGUCCCAAUUCAGUUUUGCAGAUUUGGGUUCAUGGUACGUCUUUAUUUAUUUCUCCAGCUUGUUGAAGAUAUAAUAGUGCUCAGUGAAGUUUAAUUGGAAAGGAGAAAAAAAUGAAAAACCAAAAAUUCCUCUCUUUCACCUCUGGUCUUGCCUGCUGUUGUUUAACAACAAAUUUCUCUAAUAAUUGUCUCAUUAAUUAAUUUCCCGGCAAAUCUGAAGCUGGAAAAGGACCCCACAAAUUCAACCAGGCCCCUUUUGUUUCCUUUUUUUGUUGUUUUUUCACUUACCCAGCUCUCUCUUUUUAAUGAAGCAAUGUGAAGAGGGAGUCAUUCUUGGAGAUUUUAAGAUCACAACCAUGAAAUUUUCAUGUUAAAACUCUUUUGCUUUGUGGGUUUCAUCAAGAUCAGUUUUUGUUUCAUCCAUCUAAAUUUCUCGCGCCAGGUCAAUGGACGUAAAAUCUGUACAAUGCCUUGCUGAUAAUAUUUAUCGAUUUAAUCACCUGGUAUCAUGUCUUGUAUUGAAGACUAUGCCAGCUGAGAAGAAUUACAGAAGUCUUGUUUCUUUCUUGAAGCAUUUGAAACCAUUACUCGAUAAUGUUGCUGACCUCAAAGUACAUCCCAAUGAUUUUUUUACUAAAGAGUGUGAAGAACUUGAUGCAGCCAUCCACGAGGCCAUGGAAUUCCUUGAUAAAUGGUUUCCAAAAAUGAGCAAGAUUCUUUUCGUGCUGCAAAGUGAACCCUUGGUCAUAAGAAUACGGAUCUCCUCUGUAAAGAUCUGUUGCAUUUUGUGUAGACUAAUUGAAUCAUCACCGUCUACUUCGAUUGUAUCUGAUACUCAGUAUUGUAUGCAGGAAUCUCGAAAACUGCAUUUAGAAGAACUGUCCCAAGAGAUGGAAGAGGUUCUUAAAAGCCAAAGAGAAGGGAAAAUUCCUCGUUCAGAACAUCUUAUGACAAUAAUCCAGUACCUAAACUUGACAUCAGAUGAUGAAGUCAUGAAUGAGUCUAUUGCAUUGGAAAAGGAGAGAAUGAAAGCUGAAGACAAUAAAUUGAAAGGGGGUUUAGAUAAAAUCCAUGAUACCAUGUGCCUUAUGUCUCAUAUUCGUGAUUGCAUUGUUAAACUCAAGAACUAUAAGGCUAUAAAUGGCAUUAAGGUCCCUCCUUAUUUCCGAUGUCCUUUAUGUUUGGAACUCAUGUUGGAUCCAGUAAUUGUUGCAUCUGGCCAAACAUACGAGAGGGGUGCCAUUCAAAAAUGGUUCGAUCACGGGUUAUACACGUGCCCUAAAACUUGUCAAAAGCUCUCACACCAAAACCUGAUUCCCAAUUUUACAGUUAAGGCUCUGAUAGCAAAUUGGUGUGAGGAAAAUAAAAUAGAACUCUCCAACAACGUUGACGGUGCAAAUAAUUUAUCUGUCGAAUCCCAUUCUGAGCAGGUCUGCCAUGACGAUGAUAUCCAAUAUCCUUUACAAAGGAAAAAUUCAACAUCAAGAAACUGUUUCAAAGUUUUAAUUGGUAAUGAGAAGCAAAAGGUCGAUGAUUCUUCUAGAGUCGGUGAAGAAGAUGUUGGUGCCUUCAGUAACAAGGAAACAAUCUCUGACUACUCGUCUCCUGAACCUUCGUAUAUACACAGCAGGAGUGAAUCAGCUUCUAGUGCCACUUUCAGGUACAAGGAAACAAUCGCUGACCACUCGUCUCCUGAACCUUCGUCUAUACACAGCAGGAGUGAAUCAGCAUCUAGUGCCACUUUCAGUACUGAUUAUGUCCCUACAGCAUCGACUGAAAUCUCAAGGAUAUUGAGUAAGCAAGAUAAUGUGAGUGAUAUAUCAGGGGACGUAACAUCUGAUUAUUGCACUUACUCUCCUUCAAUUAAGAAUUCUGGGGUACCACCAUCGAAUAAGAGUAAUGGGGUAUCUCCGUCUUUGUCUGGAAAACAGUGUCACUCCUCGAAAGAUAUGGCUGAGAUGAAUGGAUACCAUAAACUCCCCAGAACAUUAUCAUUCCCUUCAGAAUCAGGGUCUACCGAUAUGACUACAACUUCCCGUGUUGAAAAACUUGUUAAAGACUUGAAGAGUGGAUUGCUUGAACUACAAACUGCAGCUGCCAAACAAUUACGGUUUCUUGCAAAGUACAACAUGGAGAAUCGGAUCAUUAUAGGCCGCUGUGGGGCUAUUGCUCCAUUAAUUUCCUUGUUACACUCAGAUGUGAACCCAACUCAAGAGCAUGCAGUUACUGCACUGCUGAACUUAUCAAUUAAUGAAAAGAUCAAGGCUAUGAUUGCGGAAGAAGGCACACUUGAACCUCUUAUCCACGUUCUGAGAACUGGUAAUUCGGGCGCUAAAGAGAAUGCUGCAGCUACCAUUUUUAGUCUCUCCUUUUUGGACGAGUACAGGAUGAAGAUUGGUCAAACAGGUGCUGUAAAAGCAUUGGUUGAUCUUUUAGCAUCCGGUACUCUAAGAGGGAAGAAAGAUGCUGCAACAGCCUUAUUUAACCUGUCAAUCUAUCAUGAAAAUAAGGCUCGUGUAGUUCAAGCAGGAGCUGUGAAGUAUCUGGUUGAGCUGAUGGAUCCUGGAUCAGAAAUUGUAGAUAAAGCUGUAGCUGUUCUUGCAAAUUUGUCUACUACUGCAGAGGGAUGCUCGGCUAUUGCUCAAGAAAGGGGCAUUCCAUUACUGGUUGAGAUUGUUGAAACAGGAUCUCAACAGGGAAAGGAAAAUGCUUCCUCGAUACUCUUGCAACUAUGCAUCAUUAGUCCUAAGUAUUGUCUGAUGGUUUUGCAAGAAGGAGCAGUCCCACCUCUUGUUGCAUUGUCUCAGUCUGGCACAACAAGAGCAAAGGAGAAGGCACAACAACUUCUCAGUCACUUCAGGAAUCAGCGCGAGGGUGCUGUAGCAAGGGGAAGGUCGUGAAAUAGAAACGUCAUUGAUUUAUUUAUGCAAUACUCCACUGCCUCUUGCGGCCAUUAUAGGUAACCUACCAUCACUAUAGGUUUCUCGAAUACUUUUUGCCCCAACUAUGUGUCCUUUUGCAACAUGUUCGUGUAAUACGCUAAUGGAAGUAGAUCAUUUGGUUUAUAACUCAACAAUUGGCUAUUCCUGCUAGUAAGGUUUUGGCGUUUAGUUUCUCCUGGUUUAUUCAACUAGCUUUGUAUAUAUGCUUAGACUCCUCUUAUACGGUGAUUUUGUUAAGAUUUCGUGUUUUUUUUUUUCGAUGC